AUGGUGAGCUUUGGAUUUUUGCAAAUUGUUUAGGUAACGGCAAUCUAUUUUGAUCAACAUCUUCCGGACGAAGUUUGGGAUCUUACUUUUUUAUCCAAAAGGCAGAAGUGGCUGAGGGAGGAAAUCCUGGGUUACCAUAAUAAGAAAAGAAAAUUCCAAGCUCGCCUUUAAUAAGGAAGAAAACCACCCAUCCGAAGAAAUUGACCCAGUUGGGCUCGCCGAUCCGAUUAUUAGGGUUCAUUUCCUCAAAUUAAAAAACGCCCUCAAUUUCUCCCCCUCUCUCUAGGUUGCGUUUUCUCUCCCCAGAUGGUGUUUCUCUCUCUACGUGUUUUCUCUUUCUAGACUUUCUCCUUACUUUUUGUUUUUGCAUUUUGGAGUUCGAGUUUGGUUGCUUGGCUGUGGUUUUUGCAUGGGAAGGGGAGGACGGAAGAGAGGCGACCCAUAAAAGAGCGAGGGAGAGAGAGAGGGAUGGGGGAUGGUGGUAGGGGCUAUAUGGGACGGAGUGAGACGGCUAAAUACGUUGAUGGGUUGUGAAUGGUGAGAUGAAUAUAUUUUAUAACGAAGGAUGACCGAUUUGGUGGCCCGGACGGGUCGACAUCAACAGCGAUACGAAGGUGGUUGUCGCCUUGUUGCUGGGUGCAUACCUUACAGAUAUGGAGUCGCAGAUGAGACUUCUGAUGCAGAGUCUGUGAGGGUUGUUCAGGUUUUAAUGAUCAAUUCACCAAGUGGCCCAGGCCUUCUGUUUCCAAAGGGAGGCUGGGAGAACGACGAAGAGAUGGAUGAAGCAGCACGAAGAGAGGCACUGGAAGAAGCUGGAGUACGUGGAGAUAUAAUGAAGCUGGUGGGCUAUUAUAACUUUAAGAGCAAGACACACCAAGAUAAGCUUAACCCAGAAGGUUUGUGCAAAGCAGUAAUGUUUGCUUUGCUUGUGAAAGAAGAGCUUCAAUCAUGGCCUGAGCAGAGCAUACGUGAGAGAAAGUGGCUUUCUAUCCCCGAUGCAGUGAAACAGUGUCGGCAUGCAUGGAUGGAAGAUGCUCUCCAUGAAUUCCAAAUUUGGCAUGAAGGCAGCCAGUUAUGAACAUCCUGUCUAAGACCUCUCUUCCCAUACUGAGAGUGAAUUUGACACCUUAGGAUUAGAUCCCAAUUUGGGUCCUGUUUCCACUUUGUCUUGCUUCAUUAUUUGCUUGUUCCAUUUAACCUUGAGAAAAGAGAUGAAACGUUGUCCCUCAAUUUACAGCCACUGGAUUUUUCUGUACAUAUCCUGUUGAUACUGGGUUAUUUUGCUAUCCCAGAGAUCAUUUGCAGAUACUGUUUUUCAGGAAGAUUUUGUAGCCAGUCCUUUCUACUGUUCCUCGUGUGGUAAUGCAAUUGAAGCUAAUCCUUGUGGUGAUUUUUAGUGAUUCACUUUUGGUCA